AUGGAGACCUACUAUAGAAAAAAGGUUAUUCCUGGAGAGCUUUUUGUACCUAGCGAUCGAGUACUAAUUCACCAUUAUCUAAGGAAAAAGGUUAUGAACCAUGGGCAUCUCUUGCAAUCUCACUCCAAGAUUCACGAUGUCAAUCUUUACGACUUUCAUCCUCAGCACCUCACGGAUAUGUUUGAUAUCAUCAAUGGAGAGGAUUGGUACUUUUUCACUCCAAGAAAUAGGAAAUACCCCAAUGGAAAUAGACCUAAUCGAUCAGCUGCCAAUGGAUAUUGGAAACCAACUGGUAGUGAUACAAUUAUAAAGAAACGUGGAAAAGAAAUUGGAUCCAAGAAGUGUCUUGAUUAUUAUACAGGGAAGCAUCCUGGAGGUACUAAAACGGAAUGGAAAAUGCACGAGUAUAGAUUAAUGGACAGCACUGCUCUUCCUGCUCCUGCUAGAUAUAAUAAUAUGGACAUGAAGAAAGACACUACUAAAAAGCAAAAUAAUUACGAUGAAACGGGACAAAUAUCAUAUACAGCAGUACAACAUCCUAAUGAAGAACAAUUGAAGAGGGAUGAAACAUCAUUUGAUGAUGAGAAGCCAAAUGAAACAUCGUUUGAUGAUGAGAAGCCAAGUUAUGAUCAUGAGACGGUAGAGGCGCCUUAUAAUAUGAACAAUCAUUUUAAUGAUGAAGGAUGGCCAUCUAAUAUUUUAUGGCCUAAUAAUAUUACACCAUUUCAGAAUUCUGGUUUGCUUGACCAUCAAGGCUAUUUACAAGAUGAUGUUUUUCCAAUGUCGAAUUUGGAUUCUACGAUGACAUCCUGUCAUGAGCAGUACUUUGAUGAGAUACCGAACCAACUUCCAAAAGAUGUGGAUCUUUUGAUGAAUUGGAAUUAUAAAACCACAGCAGGUGAUUAUCAUCAGCAACAACAACAACCAAGUACUACUUUCUUUGGGAUGUCAGAUCAGAUUGCUAUAGGUAACGAUAUCGAUAGUCAGCUGAUUAAUGCCAAACCAUAUGAGGCUUCUGGUUAUGUUGGUCUUCAGGGAUAUUUAUCAGAAGUUCUGGUUGACCAAAUGAAGAAUGGAGAUGAAGAUAAGACGGCACCAUCGUCAUUCAUUCAUAAUCAGCAGCAGCCAAUGAAUUUUGAUGAGAUGAGAGAUUUGGUCAUGAAUCGUUUCAAGGAUUAG